AUGAAGAAAGUAUUUUUUAGACAAAGAGGAAGUGGAGUAUGUUCUUUUUACUCGAAGUUAACUCGUCAGAUGGAUAAUAAAAAUAAUAAUAAUAAUAAUGAACAACAUCAACAAUGUAGUAGUUGUAAAUCAAAUAUAAAUAAUAAUGAUUUUAAUCGUGUUUUGUGUUUGGAUUGCAAUCAAUAUGUUUAUUCAAUUGAUGAUAUCACAGAUCUUCAUUUUAAACACAAUAUAUUCUCGAAUGCUUCACUAGAUACCUAUUUGAGAAAGGAAAAUAUCAUCGAUAGCAGAUUCAAAGACUUGAUGAAGCAACUCAGAGAAAACGCAGAGACAACCUACAGUCUACAGCAACAGGUUGGUAAAAUCACAUCGGUAUUCAAAGAUAUCUAUGAACAACUCAGACUUGAAGAGUACAAACUUCGCAAACCAAUAGAAGAUGAAAUCGAAAAGUCAAUGGAAUCACUAAAGACAAUGUAUAAUGAAAUCAUUCAUUAUUGGAGAAUAAAUAAAUGGAUGAAUAAUAAUAAUGAUAGUAAUAAUAAUAACAAAAAUAACGAUAAUCAAACAACAAAUAAUAAUAAUAGUAAUAGUAGUAAGGAUGGUGAUAAUAAUGAAAAUGAAGAAUUAGAGAUUCUUGAUAGUUCAAUUGAGUAUUCAACGAAAGGUGACAUUUUAAAAUUGACUGAUAAUAGUGUUUAUACAACUGUUUCAGUGAAUAGUGAUGAACCAAUCUAUGUACCAAUUAUCAACUUUAAAAGUGGAGAUAUCACAUCGAAAAUGAAGGAUAAAAGACCGGAUCCUUUCAAUUUGAUGGAGGAAAUGCGAUCACACCAAGAGAUCUAUCAAAAGUCAAAGUAUUUGAAAGCAAAGCCUGUGGAGCCAAUCAUGAACAACAAGAUCAAAUGCUUUAAAGAUGGAAUCAACAAGUUCGUUGAACAAGUACUCAAUUCAAAGAUAACAGUCGAAAUCAAAGUACCCACUAAAAAUGAACCAAACUCCUAUAGUGAUACUUUCGUUUUAUUAGAUAAUACAUGGAAGCUUCAAAUCAGUAAGAAUUUCAAUAAAGAUAGUAAUAAAUGGAUUAGUGUUUUUUUAUGUUUGGCUGACUAUGUCAAACCGGUCAAUGUUGAAUUUCAAUUGGAGAUUGGUUCCAAAUCACAUCUUUUAAAUUAUUGCUAUAAAGAGUCGAUAGGUUUUGGUUUGACUGAUUUCAUGGCAAUCCAAGACUUUUACAAGAGCGUCACAGAAAAGAACACCAUAAUGGUGACAGCAACCAUCAAUACUUAUGAAAUUGAAAAAGAUCAAGUUCUUUUAGAAGAUCUAGAAGAAGAAUGA